GGAGUCGUAGUCCCAGCCUGGCCGGGGCGAGCGGCUCCGCGGGCGGCGCGGGCGGCGGGGCUGGGCGGGCGCCCGGGCAGCCAUGCAGAAGUACGAGAAGCUGGAGAAGAUCGGCGAGGGCACCUACGGGACGGUCUUCAAGGCCAAGAACCGGGAGAGCCACGAGAUCGUGGCGCUGAAGCGGGUGCGGCUGGACGACGACGACGAGGGGGUGCCCAGCUCGGCCCUGCGCGAGAUCUGCCUGCUGAAGGAGCUCAAGCACAAGAACAUCGUCCGGUUGCAUGAUGUCUUGCACAGCGACAAGAAGCUGACGCUGGUCUUUGAAUUCUGUGACCAGGACCUGAAGAAGUACUUUGACAGCUGCAAUGGAGACCUGGACCCCGAGAUUGUGAAGUCCUUCAUGUAUCAGCUGCUGAAAGGCCUGGGAUUCUGCCACAGCAGGAACGUCUUGCACCGAGACCUGAAGCCGCAGAACCUGCUGAUCAACCGUAACGGGGAGCUGAAGUUGGCUGACUUCGGGCUGGCCAGGGCCUUCGGAAUCCCCGUCCGCUGCUAUUCAGCUGAGGUGGUGACACUCUGGUAUCGCCCUCCAGACGUGCUCUUUGGAGCCAAACUCUACUCCACGUCCAUCGACAUGUGGUCUGCGGGUUGCAUCUUUGCCGAGCUUGCCAAUGCUGGACGGCCCCUGUUCCCAGGCAACGAUGUCGAUGACCAGCUGAAGAGAAUCUUCAGGCUGUUGGGGACCCCAACGGAGGAGCAGUGGCCGGGCAUGACCAAGCUCCCAGACUACAAGCCGUACCCUAUGUACCCUGCCACAACGUCGCUGGUCAACGUGGUGCCCAAGCUUAAUACGACCGGCCGGGACCUGCUUCAAAACCUGCUGAAGUGCAAUCCAGUCCAUCGGAUCUCAGCCGAGGAGGCGCUGCAGCACCCUUACUUCACAGACUUCUGCCCCCCCUAAGCCCCCCCCCACCGGAGGCAGCUCCCUCUGGGCCAGGUGGGGCUCGCUAGCCGUGGCUAAGGGGCUUCUUGGCCACUCACAGGAGAUUCGGAAGCUGGCCCUUGGAUGGGGCCAGUGGGAGGGACAUCCCAAUGGGACCAGGGGCUGGGGGGGGGGAGGCCAGCUGCUCCCUCCCCUGCUCUGCCACUUAACUUCCCAAUCCCCUUUCCGUUACCUCUCAUAAUCAUGUUAAAUAUCUGGCUGGGGGGGGGGAGGGCGGGGGGAGGGGAGAAACAAGCGUUGGAACUGCUGUGAGUAUUUCUGAGUUCUAUAAAAUGCUUCUCGGCCC